GUGAGCCAAAAUAAACCUUUCUUCCUUUAGCUUCAGAGUAAGUAUUUUUGUCUCAGCAUCAGGAAAAGUAACUAAGACAGCAGUGAUACAGUUAUGAUACUGAGUCAGAUCACCUCAGGAGAGAUGGAGAGGGAAAGCAAAAGGAGCCCCUAGCCCCAGUCCCAGGACACCCCACUUCUUAGAGAUCAGGGGGGCAACCAUUCGUCUGGGAGUUUUGCAAGUGGUAAGCACUGUUCUCAAAUAGCUCUGUACACAUCUCCUUAUCUAUAAAGAUAUUAGCCCUUGAGAUAAAAGAGACAAAGUUUCUCUCUCCUGCUCUUACAGUUGACCUAAAGCAACUCUCAAAAUUGCCUGAAUAACCCGGGCCUUCCCUUUUAACAACCCUGCUUGUUAAAUAUUAUGUUCACUGGUUAUGAGGUAUGUAAGUUUGAGAUUGCUAGGUGUGGUGGUGCUUACUUAUAAUCUAACACUGGGGAAGCUGAGGCAAAAGGAUCAUGGUGAGUUCAAGGACGGCCUGGGCUCUAUAGUGAGUUAAAGGCCAGCUUGAAUUAGUGAGAGAUCCUGUCUCAAAAAUAAAUCAAGCUGGGGGUUUAGCUCAGCUGCAUAAGUGCCUGCUUGGCAAACGCAAGGUCAUGAUUCAUGACCUUUUUGUGUAUGUGUGGGGGGGGCACAAAUAAAUAAAUAAAGUCUGAGCCUAGAAAUUUGAGAUCCUUUGAGAUCUCAGACUCCAACAAUCGCCCCUCUCCACCUUGACCCCAGCUCCAAUCUCUAUUCACAUUUGUCAUAGCUAAAGUGAACACUGAGGCCAUGUCUUGAGGGAACCUGAGCAGCUGUGUGGUCCUCUAGAAACACGGGCCCCUGAAUCCCAAAGGUGAGUAGAAGCUAUGAUGGAAAGGCCAGACACAAGCCUACUUUGGCCUCAUUUCAGGUGUUCCCAAGUAGUCAGCCGAUCUCUGCCCGAUAGCCUGCUUUCCCAGAGCCUCAGACCCACACCUAAGUGUUAUGGAGAUACAUUCUGGGAGAAUCUUACCCGAAGGUCCAGCCCCAUCUGGAUGGAAGAACAGUGCCUCCCACCCAUGUUGAGAACCACUGGUUGCUCCCAGCCUGGCCUAUACCCUCCUGGGGGGCUCCCACCCCCUGAGAUGCUUUGCCGAAGAAAGAGGAAGAGGCCCCAGUUGAAAGGAAUGCAGCAAGGACCUGGGGCCAUCCCAGCUCGGGUGAGGGCUGUGGCUUAUCACCUGGAGGACCUGAGGAGGCGCCAGAGAACCAUUAAUGAACUAAAGAAGGCCCAGUGGGGCAUCUCUGAGGCUGCACCUGAACCACUGGAGGUUCACGAAGAGAGCUGUGAAUUCCUCAGGCCCAGUGAAUACCCUGAUCUGGAAAAAGAGGAAGCAACCUAUCCACAGGAAGAGGACCAUCUUACCACUCCUGCUGCUCUGGUCUCCCUGGAGUCCCCUGGGCCAGGAGGAGGCUUGUGCCUCUAGGCAGCUGAGCUCUCUGGUCUACAGCACCCUCACAGCCAGGGGGAACCCAGUUUACAAUCCCUGAGGAAUGGAGUUGAAGUCGGAAG